GGCUUUGGGGAAGAGAAGGGGGGAAUAGGGGCAGAGUGGUUUAUUUCUUGGUACUUAUUUAUUCUCGCAACACAAAAGGCCAAGGUCGCUGUAUACAUAAACAACACAUAUGUAAUACUGGGUAUCUACUAUCUAGGUACUCAUCAUGUACCUACUCCAUCUCAAGUGAGCUAGUUGGCUGUACCUACUAGGGGGUAUGUACCUAGGUAGGUGGUGAUAGGGGAGAGGUACUGGACAGUGAGAAGGGGGCUCGGAACUUGUGUAGCAAAAGAUGUUAUGCGAGACGGUGCUUAUACAUAUACCCGCGGGGAUUAGGAUAGGGGAUGGGGGGCCAGGGGUUAGAUGGUAUCGGGAUUGGCAAUGGGGGAUGGGAAGGUUCGCUUCUUCUUCUUCAACUCAUCGUAGUGGUAGGUAGCAACAUCAGGGGAGGGGAAACUCAUCAUUAGGCGUUUUUUUCGGCAGGUUUAAACUCUUACAUGAAAUGAACCUGGGUUGGGUUGGGUGGGAAUAUACAAAAAAAUCAAAAAUCAUCAAAUGUCAAGCCACAUUUUUUUACCUAAGGAGAAUGGGAAGAGUGGGAAGGGGGGCGUGUGUCGGGGUAUUCGGGGAACGUUCUAUACCUAUCUACCUAGGUUAGGUAGGUUAGAGACUGAUACAUAAGUCUUGUCCCGACCUAUGCUACAUAGGAGGAACGGAUUAAUUUUUCCAGUGUAUGUAUUUAUUUUACUCGCUCAUUUUUCUUUUUGGACUUCCAUGUUUUUCAAUAGACCUUUUCGUUGUUGCUGUUGUAUCCCCCCCCAAGUCUUCUAUGUGUGUAGGUACCUACUGUCUUCUCCUUACAAGAAAGUGUAGAAAGAUAUGUUAUGUACAUGUAGGUAGAGAUGACAAUGGGCGGCGGUGGCUUGGCCUUAGCCUCGUGAAGUAUUGAAGAUUGAAGCGUGUUUACACUACAUACCUAGGUACAGGAGGGGC